AUGAUUGGACCAGCUUGUGAGCUGACGUCCAAGGUCCCAUUCUACACUUUCCACCCAGAGGUGAAUGAAAAUGAUGAUUUUGAAGAUCAUAUUCUGGAAGUUCGAAUGGUCUGCUUAGGCAGCACUGCUAAGAAUGAAAACAACGUGGUGGAGCUGACUUCUCUCAACUAUAAAGGCAAAAAGCAGUCGAUACCAAUCGUUAAUCUGCAUCCAUCCUGCCUAAAUAUGGUCAGUUUGGGAGACUUUCAUCUGAAGACCCCCGUCACCUUUCGACUAAUAUCUGGCUCCGGUCCAGUCAAUAUCAGUGGAUUACAUAUAUUAAUUAUUAAAGAAGAUGAGGAAUACACCUUAGAGAAGAAUGAAGGCAAGAAAGAACAAAUUUUCCCUUUCAAGCCAGCAAAAAAUAAAACAGGACAGAGUAUCCCUAAAGUUACACAAUAGUAGAGUUCUGGAGAUGUGUUCUGCAAGCCCGCUGAAAAAGAGAAUUCAUAUCUGGUUUUUAUCCGAGACGCAGUUUUCUACACUGGCCAUCCCAGGACUGCAGGAGGCUCCACGUCGAGUCUCUGCAUUUUGUGAUUUUGUGUGGUUUUAUCUUGAGAUGCUGCUUGCUGGAAGGACACAUUAUAAAAUGAAGAUGAAUAUUUAAUGAAAUGGAAACAUGCAUCUUGGCCGUAUAUAAUUCAUCUCAUUAUAAAUGUUAUUAUAUAUAUGCAUGGUAAUUAAUAUGUUGAGCCUCUUUAACUGAUUACUUUUUCCACUCACAGGGUGGCAUACUUUUCUAGCCUAAAAUCAAUGCACUGUGCAUCUCUAGAUGGAAUAGCUUUUCCUUCACAAGAAUAAAUCUAGUUGAAAAGUGA